AUGGAAUCGCACAAGGCCACCGUAGCCAAGCUGGCUGCGCAAGUCGCGAGGUUCAGUGCCUCGAAGAUACCUUUUCGGAUCUAUCAUGGUUCCACGCUAUCAACACGACAGUCGUCACGUCGGCCAAAUCAAAUCAUUGACGUUUCCUCCCUAAACCAUGUUUUGCAAUUUGACAAGCCGGCAAAAACGGUGCUGGUGGAACCAAACGUAUCCAUGGAUGAGCUGGUAAAGGCUACACUCGCCCAAGGCUUUCUGCCAAAAGUUGUCAUGGAGCUUCCCAACAUCACAGUUGGCGGAGGAUUCGCUGGUACCAGUGGAGAGAGCAGUUCAUUCAAGUACGGCCUGUUUGAUCGCACUAUCACUGGCAUCGAGCUUAUACUUGGUAAUGGCGACGUCGUUUGGGCGUCUGCAGAGCAACACCGAGAUCUCUUCUUCACCGCUGCGGGAAGUUGUGGCAGUCUUGGAGUCAUUACGUUGCUUGAAAUGGAGCUCAUCGACGCGAAAACCUACGUCGAACUGCAGUAUGUUCCCGUCGGAAGUACGCCAGAGGCUGUUGAAAAGCUGAGGCAUUAUGAGACCCAGCCAGAUGUCGACUACAUGGACGGCAUCCUGUAUUCGCCCACCAAAGGGGUCAUAAUAGUCGGGCACUUGACUGAUACUCCCGUUCAUGGAAAGAUUCAGAGAUUCGACCGAGCUAUCGAUCCAUGGCAUUAUAUGCAUGCAGAGAAGAUUUUGGACCGUAUCCAAGACGGAAAGAGCAUCUACAAGGAGUCAGUACCCGUUCAGACAUAUCUUUUCCGGUACGACCGAGGCGUCUUUUGGUCUGGUCUACGAGCCUUCAAGUAUUUCAUUACGCCUUUCAAUCGCAUCACCCGGUUCUUGUUGGACCCGUUCAUGUAUUCUCGGACGAUGGUGCAUGCGCUCCACCGUUCAGGGCUGUCGACGAGGACUAUUAUACAAGACUUCGCCGUGCCUUACGACGCAGCAGACGAAUUCGUCAAAUGGACUGAUGAGAGGACGGGCAUCUGGCCACUGUGGCUCUGCCCGGUCAAGUCUGCGCCCCAGGGCGAACGCAGUUUUUCUCAGGGCAACAACAUCAAGGAGGACAUUUUGCUCGACGUUGGCAUCUGGGACUUGGGGCCAAACAACGCCCACGAGUUUAUCAAGCUCAACAGAGACUUUGAAGCCAAGGUGACGCAGCUCGGGGGAAUGAAGUGUCUGUAUGCACAUGCCUACUACACGGAGCAGGAGUUUUGGGAGAUUUACGACGAGAAGAAGUAUCUGGAGUUGCGAAGAAAGUAUCAGGCCGAGCGUCUGCCGGGCGUGUACGACAAAGUCAAGGUGGACCUUCAGGGGGUUGUUGGGGCGAAGCAGACACCGCAGAAACAAACGUGGGCUGAUUGGGCGUACCAGCGCUUCUGGCAGACAUGGCCGCUGGGCGGGCUGUAUGGCGUUGCGAGCGCGACCAAGGGCCUGGUGGUACAAAGCGACUUUUUGUUGAAGAAGUGA